AUGCCAGCCUUAUCAGUAAUACCCGAUGAUCUUCCUCCCUCCAUAGUCGAGUCAAUCAUCACCCAAAUAAAAGACUACCAAGCCAACCACGGUUCUUUAAUAAAAGUCAUCGGCUCAGAAACAGAAAACAGUGUGCUAUUACAUCCAAUCGGCGUGAGUGUUUUCCCAACUCUAUUCCCGAGAAAAUUAUUCGAUACGGCAAUCGAGCUGCAACAUAUAUAUAAUGAGCUAUACUGCAAAGUUGCUGAAGAUGAGGAGUGGCUGUCGACGACGACGCGAGCACUGAGAAAACAAGAACCAUUGAUAGAUGCAUUAUGGACUGUGCACGAGGAAGUCGAGAGACGAAGACGGGGAAAUGGGACGAUGCGAUAUCCCAGGCAGGAGGUGUCUGCGGGGGUGUUCCGGUCUGACUACAUGCUGCACCAUCAUCAGGAUCAUGAUAGUGACGGCGACAGCGACGAGAAGAAUUGGAUGGAAAAUGUGUCUCUAAAACAAGUAGAAUUCAACGCGUACUCUUGCGCCGGUGGGUCGCAUGCGAACAAGGUUGUUGAUAUGCACCGGUACCUGACUCGCACGAAUGUAUACGACUUUGAACUCGAGCAGACAGAGAACAGACAGACCAGAAACAAUAUAUGUGUCAACCUAUCCUCUUUACCGCGGAACCGUACAAUCCACGGAAUCGCAUCCGUGCUCGCCUCAGCGCAUGCGAUGUAUGGGCCACCUAAAAGCUGUCAGCAUCCCACUGCCGUUCUGAUGGUUGUCCAACCGAACAAUUUCAACAUCACCGAUGAACGACCCAUCGAAUACGCAUUAUGGAACUGGGAGGAAGGGGGCUGCCCGAUUCCCACCUAUCGUGUUGAGUGGCAGGAUGUGCUACAGUAUACCUCACUUGCAGAAACAGGCGAAUUGCUGUUUCAUCCUAACCAAGGUCGGGCUGGCAGGAAAUCCGUGGAGGUUUCGGUCGUUUAUCAUCGGGCUGGGUAUGAGACGAAGGAAUACGCCGAUGAAGUUGGGAUGGAAAUUCGGAUCCGACUUGAGCUCUCGCGUGCAAUCAAGUGUCCGUCGAUACUGGGGCAUAUCACGACGGCGAAGAAGGUUCAGCAAGCCCUUGUCGUGCCAGACGUGCUGGAACGCUGGCUGGCGCCUGACAGGGCAGGUCGGAUUCGAGAGACCUUUUUUAAUACGUAUCCGCUCGACAAUUCGACCCCGACUGGUGUCAGAGGACGGGAACUUGCCACGAAUCUGCUCGCGGCAGACAACUAUAUCCUCAAGCCGUCGCUCGAGGGAGGAGGCCACAAUAUUUAUGGGAGCGACAUACCGAGAUUCUUGGACGGUAUUCCUGAAGCUCAAUGGUCUGCAUAUAUAUUGAUGGAGAGGAUUCGUUCGCCUCGGGACAUUUACAAUGUACUCAUGUCCUCGGAUGGAAUUGUUGCGGACGAGGUUGUGUCUGAGUUAGGGAUUUUUGGAACUUGUCUUUGGAAGUCAACCAAUUCAAGGAAUGGAGGGUCAAAUUGUGAGGUGAUCCUGAAUAAUGUUGGAGGAUGGUCAUUCAAGACGAAGGAUGCGCUGGUGGAUGAGAUGAGUGUUGUGAAAGGAUACGGAUGCUUUGAUACCCCAUGUUUGGUUGACACAUCAAACUAA